UACAAAUCGCUACAACGUCAAUCCGAAAACCCGAAUCUCCAUCUACAGAAAACUACUACCUACUCCUGACCCCCAUUGUUUUUGCAACAUCUCUAUUAUUACACAGCUUUUACCUUGGAGCCUUAUAGACCCAGAUCUGAACCGAAAACUGACCCACUGCCUGUGUGGAAAGUUCAAUAGUAAUUUCUAGGGGAUUGACUGACGUAACAACCCACCGACCGACCCACCGCAAUGGUCAUGAGCAUGAGCCGCUACCCGGUACUAUUUCAAAACCAGAGCCCCAAAACCAAAGUCAAGGAAAACAAGAAAAGCGAAGAAAACGCACAAAUGGAUAGAAACCCGUUUGGUGGCUGACCGAACGAAAGGAAAACCACAACCGAGAUUGAGGCUGAAAACUGAAAACUGAAGACUGAAGGCUGGGGUAGCCUGGACAACUCGAUUGGAUGAGGCUAUUAUGUCAUCGCCAUUGCGGAAAGCAGUGGGAUGGACUUUGUUUUGAUGAUAACUUCGCGCGGUUCCGGUUUUUGCGCGAAAGGGGCCAAAAGUGGAGCUGAAGCUGGGACUGGUGCCUGGAGCCUGGCAUCGUAGGCAGCUGGCAUCGAUUUUUGGCAUCCAAUUUGGAGCUUAAACAUGACUGCAGCUCGGAGAGAUUGCCCAUUUGAACGCUGACAGCGAAGCUCAACGGUCGUGACAGGACACGCAAGCAGACUCUUCUUUACCAGCAUCAGGAUACAGACAUGGGAUUCAGAUUCAUACUAUUGGCUGCCAUGGGCUUGGGGGCUAUGUACAUGAUGCAUCAGCUGGCACAGGAUUGGAACAGGAUACGUCCCAUCCAAGGCAUCACCAUGCUGGCGGGUCAGGUUAGCUCUGGCUUGAAUCUAAACAGACUCCCAGCUCUGGCGGGUCAGGCCAGUGCCGCCCUGACUCGGAUUCGUGGUAGAAGAGAGGCGCCAUCAUAUCACAGACAGAGGCAUGAACUGGAUGGGGUUCGAGGCACUCCGGACUCUGGAAGGGGUCCUUAUCGAGCUCCACCGCCCGCCAUCGACUGGAAGCGCAUCCUCUCGCGCGAUCCCUUCGAGUGCCUCCAGUCACUAAUCUGCCAGCUCAUGUCCGGCGCCGAGGCGGCUGCUCCCGAGGCUGAGCUCCUCAUGGACUACCUGGAAUCAUCGCUGGAGCUGGCUCCGGCCAAGAUCGGACGCGCCUUCAGUCGGGGUCUGGCGUUGCGCGGCUUCACGGAUCGAUGCUACAAUGAAUAUCCUUUCUGUCUGUACUCCGCGAAGACAAUGUUGCGCAUCCUUCGCUGGUUCAGCGAAACGGGAGCAGUCCCCCAGGAUGUGGAGGAUGGGCAAAAGGGAGAGGACUAGAUGAACUUUCGUUAGGUUAAGACUUGGUUUAAAUAAAGUUUAAGGCAAAGAGA